AUGAAUGCCAACGUCAAGAACGACUCGAAUGAAACUUUUCCGCCAUCUUUCGUGGACUGGAAUCAGCGAGCGCUACCUGUCACUUGUACCACCUCCCAUGUGUGUCGGGCGUGGCGAGCCGUCAUUCUGGCUUCGCCUGCACUCUGGGGCGGACUUGUCGACCUCAACGUUCUGCAAUACAUCAGUGAAGAUGGCGUACAAGAGAUAAUGAAGCGUACAGGGACCGCACCAUUGUCCGUACAAGGUACCAUUCGCAGUGCGCGGUCGCGGAAGUUCAUCGUUUCCCUCAUCAACACCGACUGGUCUCGAAUUCGGGUUUUCGACGUGGCGAUUCGAGAUUCACUAGUAUGUUCGCCCUCAAAGACCGACUGGAAGGUGCUUUUCACUUCGGCAAAAUCUCUCGAAUACUUCAACUUCAGUCUCGUUGACGGUGAUUGGGGUUUUGACGGCGUGGCGUUUCGAGAUACCGAAAGCGCGCCCGCACUCUUUGGGAACGACGCACCUCAGCUUCGAGGGAUGAAGUCGAGGCGACUCCUCCAAAUAAAUUUGUGGUCGCCAUGGGUUUCCCAACUUACCCAUCUUCACGUCGAAGGCUCAGGUGCCUAUGAAAUAACUAUUUCUGAGUGGCUCCAUGCAUUGGGCAAUAUGGGCUCGCGUUUGCAAACCCUGGCCAUCUCCUGGAUCCGUAACCCUAGCCCUUCAGAACAGCUUCCUACUGUCCAAAUGCCAUCGCUCACCGAUAUCAAGCUGGAAUGUUCUCCAAUUUUUGCUGCUUCUUUCUUCCUGGACCACCUUUUUCCUAGUCCAGGUUGCAACAUAAAUAUGAUUAUGUUCUCCCCCAAGGCCUCCAUGCAGCCCGACCACAUCUCCCUCGCCACACGGGUGCUUUCGCGAUAUGCAGGAAGCUGGCUCGUUCACUACAAACCAAACCCUUGGCCGCUCUACAUUGAUUUUACCACCGAAUAUUUUCGGGUAGAGCGAGAGGCCCAGCCAAUUGGUACCCGCUAUCCUAGCAUGGCUGUCCAUGUUGCGAAUGGCCGCAACCAAAGUCGGGAUUGGUCCCAUGCCCUUUUUCUCCUCAGCAUUUUGUCUUCAUGCAAUUUGACCGACGCCGUUCGCGUCGGGCUGUCGUUCAAGAACAGCGUACACAACCAUCCCGACGUGCAGGGUCUUCUCCGUGCACUGUCGACCGUGGAGGUUCUCAGGAUCAAGGGUCACCAAACCUUGCUAGGCUUCGUUCCACAGGCUGAUACCCCCACUGAUGCAAUGGCGGGAACGCCUAUCUUCCCGAACCUCUCUCGCGUUAGGAUCGAGUCUCACAGUUUCAGCGACCAAGAAAGCCAAGUGCCUGGUGACAAAGAUGCGGAGAGGUCCUAUGAACUCUUCUUCAAGUGGAGAAGCUGCAUAGGAUCUCCUGUGUCGGUUCUAGAUCUAACCCAAUGUCAAGAACGUAUUCCGUUGACAAAAUUGGACGGACUUUCAGGAUUGACGAUUCGAUGGCAUGACGAGUCUGGCAUUCCCCAGGAGUACGUGUGCGGGUCCGGAAACCCGGAUUUGCUGGCAAAUUGGGGAAAUGAAACAGCUUAG